AUGGCAGGAAACAAGGGUGCAAUCCCCAAAUACUCAAUUGGCAACAAGGUCUGGCUGGAUGGAAAAAACAUCCAACUCCAAUCCAACUCAAACAAACUGGACCCUAAAUGCCUGGGACCAUUCAAAAUCCAGGAAAAGAUCUCUUUGCAUGCCUACUGCCUCAAACUUCCAGAGACAAUGAAAAUCCACAAUGCAUUCUAUGUAGGACUUUUAUCUAAAUCUCACAAGUCACCUAGUCAACCCUUCCUGGAGAGACCUCCUCCUGAAACAAUAGAAGGAGAAGAAGAAUACAAGGUAAAACAAAUCAUAAACUCCAAAAUGCAAUGGGAAAAUGGUUUUACCUCAUCAAGUGGAAAGGAUAUGGACUGGAAGACAACUCCUGGGAACCAGAAGAGCUUCUAG